AUGGCUGCGGAGCAAGGUGUGACUACUUCAGAGUUCCUGAAUGAAACAGAUUUAUUAAAACAAGGAGCUGAAGCCCGUGUUUACCGGGGUGUUUUCCUGGACAGGCCGACCAUAGUAAAAGAAAGGUUUACUAAGCGGUACAGACACCCGGUUUUGGACGCCAAACUCACACAUCGCAGGACUGUGCAGGAGGUGCGGUCGAUACUUCGCUGCCGGAAAGCAGGCAUAGCUACUCCGGUGGUCUACUUCGUGGACUACACCUCCCACUGCAUCUUCCUGGAGGAAAUAGUGGGCUCUGUCACGGUGCGAGACCACAUUGCAUCCCAUCCUUCUUCAGAGCAGCAGCUGGAGCUGCUGGUGGAGAGGAUUGGCCAAAUCUUGGCCAAAAUGCACGAUGAGGACGUCAUCCACGGAGACCUCACCACCUCCAACAUGCUGUUGAGGAGUGGCAUGGAGGACGGAGAGAUGAACCUGGUGCUGAUAGACUUUGGCCUGAGCUACAUUUCUGCCCUGCCUGAAGAUAAGGGGGUAGAUCUAUAUGUGCUGGAGAAAGCCUUCCUUAGCACCCAUCCCAACACCGAGGCAUUGUUUGAGAAACUGCUGAAGAGUUAUACAGCGUCAUCCAAGAAGUCCUCUGCUGUCAUCAAAAAACUUGAAGAGGUACGGCUGAGAGGGAGAAAGCGAUCCAUGGUGGGCUGAUGGACACUUGUGUGGAUUAUAUGGUGGUGUACAGGAACAAAACAUUACUGUGCUUUCCCUUGGGUUUUAAGGGAUCACUCAUUUAUAAUACACAAGGAGGAAAAGGAUUGUUGGCUUUAAACCAGUGUCACAAAAGAUUUUUUUUUAUAACAAUGACCUUUUUUAUUAGUGUUUUUUCAGGUCAUUCUUGAUAAAGGGCACUGUAUUGGGAUUUGGCCCAGAUAAUGCUAAAAUCAAAGAUUUGCAAGUCAUUGAGCGCUGAGGAUUAUUACAUUUUUCUUUUCCAAAUGGCAUGUACUAGUGAUUUUGCUUGCAUGCUGACCACAUGCUGCUCCCGAUGCUAAUGAGCAAAAAGGCAUGUGAUAGUUUGAGCUUUCCUGUGACACUAGUGGAGCACCCAUUGGAGGGUGCUAGUAAAGACUGAUUUGUCAAAGUUAACCUUUUACAACCGCUCCUAACACUGAUCCCUAACUGAGUUUCCGAUAAGAAACAAAAACAUUCAAAUUGGGAUAAAACUAUGUUUUUGUUUUGCACUGCAGAGGCAAGAGUAUAACAUUCAAUUAUUACUGUUUUGGAUUUGUGAAGUUCUUUUGUAGAGCAAAGGUCAAAGUUCUGUGUUUGUCUUUUGCACAUUUUUUGUUUUGGGUUGUACAGGUGUUUCCCUUGAGCAGUUUUACCGUGAGGGUGUUGAAAGAAAAAAAGCCAGGAUUGCUCAAGUGUGGUUAAUAAAACGUUUUUAGUGAAAAUUGUAUUGUAGCUAUUCUUUCACCCACUACACGUGCUGCACUGAACUUCAAAAUAACAUCUCUAUAU